AUGCAGAGUACCACCUUGUACCUGAAGCAAAAAGCCCUGCCGGUCUUCGGAAAGGAGGGCGGCUGGGUGAACCCGCCGGUGGGCCCCAGACCCAUGAGGGCGCGGGUCUCGAAUCUGAAUGACAGCUGGAACAAUCCAUCCGUCCGGGAUGCACUGGAGAUGGAGCCCUUCUGCUAUCCCAUGAACCGGGAGCAGCUGACGCGCCACAUCUUGAAGGUGCGGAGGAAGCAAGCGGGUGUUCCUGACGAGGAGAAUGAUCCCGAGUUCCAGGUCACUGACGUCAGGUACCACCUCUUCAAGGGCCAGAUGGCGCAGCGCUGA